AAAACUCGGAAAUAAAUGAAUGAGUUGUUAUAAAAUAAAUAAUUCGCGUCGUGUCCUUGUAAUAGUCCUUUUUAGGCUCUCUCACAACGACAUUCAUGACUGUGACGAAAACGCUGACGAUUACGGUUGAUAAAGCAUAUCUGGAGGACGUAUGUGCUGGGAUCCUCCAUAGCAUGCUAUUCCAACGCACACUGGGUAACUUCAAACCCAAGGAGCUCGCUGUGCUCGACGUGCCUAUGCCUGCGAUAGAGAGUGCGUCUAUCGGGCAACUCGUACAACGCUACGCACAGGAGCUCUCUGCAACGAGUACAGAUAGGGGUGUCCUCGCACUCGUCCUCGCAGAGACGCAAUCCCGGCGCACAAACCAUUGGUUCGGCUUUGGGGAGCAAGAGACAACGACGCAGGUGCCUUGGGAAACCUGGAUAGUUAACUUCAAUAUCCUCAUCAGCAAAAGUGAGAAUCAUAAGCAAAUCCUCUACACAAAUACCCAGAAUGAUCUCCAGAAGGCUUUACUACAAAUCCUGGCAUUUGCAGAUGAACGCAAGGAUCAUAUUCCACCAAUUAUGACGGCCGAUCUCACGCCAUUCCCGUUCCACAUUGUCGUCAAUCCACCAGAGGGACCUCCAACGCGGAGUGGUAGCCCGCAGAGUUUAGCCGUCGCGGAAGUAAAUAGAGUACUCAGCGGAGAGAAGCAUCAGUCACCAAAUUCUUACUUCAGUGCACCACUGCAUUCUAUAGCUAAGCGGAUCACAUCGUCGAACAACUCGGAAGAGAACCACUAGGGAACAUGCUAUUAUAGUGCCAUUACAGUGCUAUUAUAUGUAUUUUUACAGCUUUGUUUGUAAUCUCGAUUAUGACGUUAUAACUUUUGAUAGUACUAUC